AAAAGCUUGAAGAAAAUAAAAUGAUACGGGAAGAAUGUACUCCAAGCUCGUCAUGGUGGGAAGAUGUUCAACAUCAUCAUAAUGAUCAUGCAAGCUCCAUUUCAACUUCUUUUUACCAUAAGAAUAGUAACGGUAACAAUAAUAAUAGCUCAAACGCAAACGCAAGCUGUGAAGGAGACAAUCUCUCGAUCUCAACGGUAAACACUUCAAAUCGUUUUGACCUAACCGUUGAAUCACCCAAUCGUCAUUCUCUCUCGGCUCCGGAUCACCCUGCUUCCACCUCCAAUGAGUUGCAUCGUGACCACGUCGUCUCUUCUAAUAAUCACCUAUGGAGUCUUGCCUACUUACCUGGUAGAAUCUUAGGAGAUCAAAUGCUGGAUCAUCAUCAUCAUAAUCACAUAACAUCGUCAAGAAAUAAUUCAUCGACAACAUCAGAAUUGCCUUUUGAGCCAGUCUGCGAUAACGCUAACGGUAACGGUUGGAUCUACGACACAAACCAAGUAAGGUACGAUCAAAGUAGUGAACAAAGGCUGUCAAAGUUGACGGAUCUCGUAGGCAAACACUGGUCGCUUGCGCCACCAAAUAAUCCCGACAUGAACCAUAACCUUCAUCAUCACUUUGAUCAGACAAACGAAGACGUUUCUAUGUACAGACAAGCGUUGGAAGUGAAAAAUGAGGAAGAUCUUUGUUACAAUAAUGGGUUAAGUGGUGGUGCUUCGCUGUUUCAUGAUGCUAUAGAAAGUUCCAGGAGUUUCCUUGAUAUAAGGCUAAGCCGGCCAUUAACGGAUAUUAAUCCCUCGUUUAAGCCAUGCUUUAAGCCCUUAAACUUAUCUGAGUUAAACAAGAAAGAGCAUCAAACGGCAUCACUGGCAACUGUGAGGUUGGGAUCAACAAACAACGGGAAGAAGAAAAGAUGUGAUGAAGUCUCCGAUGAGGUAUCUAAGAAGGCCAAGUGCGGCCGCGAUUCCACACUCUCGCCGGAUAAGGAAUUACCGAAAGCCAAGCUUCGGGACAAGAUCACGACUCUACAGCAGAUUGUGUCUCCCUUUGGAAAGACAGAUACUGCUUCUGUGCUACAAGAGGCCAUCACUUACAUAAAUUUUUAUCAAGAGCAAGUAAAGCUGCUUAGCACUCCUUACAUGAAGAAUUCAUCAAUUAAGGAUCCAUGGGGAGGAUGGGACAGAGAAGAGCACAACAAAAGAGGACCAAAACAUUUAGACCUAAAGAGUAGAGGCCUUUGUUUGGUUCCUAUUUCUUGCACCCCAAUUGCAUACCACGAUAACAGUGCAACUGACUACUGGAGUCCCUCGUAUAGAGGUUCUUUGUAUCGCUGAUAAUGAACACCAUCAACUGGUAUGUGACAAGAGACCAAUUUGAUUAGCGAUAAACCAUUUGAAACAUCCAUCGGUGAUUUUGCAGUGGAGCAAGCUGUAGAAAAUAAGAACAUUAUAUGUAUAUAUAUACAUAUUAACCAGUGGGGUUCAGUAACAAAAAGAAAAAAAAACCAGUGGGUUUCUAGUUAUAUGAUUUGCAGAUGUUCCGGUUAACCGGUCCUUAAACAUGUAUUAUAGCCUUAUAUUUUACAAUAAUAUUGGGGUUUGUUUAGAUAUAAUACAAUGCAAUACAAGAUUAUAUAGUUUAUAUUCCUUAAACUCCUCCAUUUGACGGAAUGGCCAUUCAAAUAUUUAACGGAGGAUUUUCCAAUAUGAACGGUC